GAUUUAAUUUAAUUUUCCUGGUUAUCCGAACUAAAUUAUUUUCUCUCUUUCUCACCGGUAAAAUUCAAUCGAAAGAAGCAUACAAAAGUCUUCUCGACUUGUAUUAAAAGAAUCCGAGGAUCUUUUUUUUUUCCGAGAAAAUUCAAUGCAAUUGAUCGAAUAGGAGAAACUUCACAAAUAAAUACAUUUUCAAUCCAAUAGAAUCGUCGUUGGAUUUUUCUCGGAUUCUCCGCCGGAAAAGUUCCUAAUCUGCUGGAAUCACUUCGAGAUCUUGUUAUAUGAUUAAGACAGUGAGAAAGUAAAAAGACUUUCUCAACCAUUUGAUGAGAUGAGUUUGGUGGGAAGAGUUGGGAGUUUGAUUUCCCAAGGAGUUUACUCCGUCGCUACACCCUUUCACCCCUUCGGUGGCGCCAUCGACGUCAUCGUCGUCCAGCAAGAAGACGGCUCGUUCCGCAGCACUCCCUGGUACGUUAGGUUCGGCAAGUUCCAAGGCGUCCUCAAAGGGGCAGAGAAGUUUGUGAAGAUCUCUGUGAAUGGCGACGAAGCUGACUUCCACAUGUAUCUUGAUAACUCCGGCGAAGCUUAUUUCAUCAAAGAAGUUGAUCCUGAAACCACCAGCAAUCUGAUCUCUAGCUCUGAGGAUAGCAAUGGUGGUGAGAGGGUUUUGACUCUUGAGCAUAGCUCAUCGGACGUUGGCUCUGGGGAGUUAAGAGAGGGUUUAAGCUCUUUGAACCGGCUUGAUAGGACGGAGUCUGAUAGUAACGGGAGGUAUUAUGAUUUUCAGGAUGAUCCUCCUUCGCCGACGUCUGAGUAUGGGAGUGCUAGAUUUGAUAAUUUGAAUGUGGAGAGCUAUGGAGAUUCUUCUCCAGGUUUAGAUUCUGAGGUUGUUUUGGUGAGUGUUGAUGGUCAUAUACUAACGGCUCCUGUCUCGGCGGAGGAGCAGGAGGCUGAGAAUUUGAGGUUGAAUACUCCUCAGUUUCAUUUGGCUCCUGGUGAUGGGACUGAGUUUUGUGAAGGGAACACUGAGUUUGCUUCCUCUGAGACUUCAUGGGAUACUGAGUUUAUCAGUAAAGUGGAGUCAUCUAAUGCUGUUGAUAUUGGAUCUAAAAAAGUAGACAUUGGUAGCGUUGAGUGUAAUGAUGAGAAUGCCAAGUCUGAGGAGGCAGCUUCUACUUUUGAGGUUCAGAAUCUAAAAGAAGGUGAGCUUGUGGCUAUUGAAACAGUAACUACUCUUGUUGAUCGUUCUGAAUCUUCUACAACUCAACUAACAACAGAAGAAGUGAAAACACCUGAGGAAUCUAAUACGGAGCCUUCUGCAGAAACUGCCAUCUUGAUUGAGAACCAAGAAGGCGAGAUUAUAGAGUCAGAAGAGAGAGUCUCUAUAGAUUCAACGAGAGUGGAAGAUGAGCAACUAACUCCAUCUAAACCGUCUGAGGAGGAUAACGAGAACAACAACACAACGGAUUCAGUGGCUGAGACUUCUAACAUUGCAAGAUCCGAAACAGAUCUGAAAUAUGAGCUAUCACUUUGCAAAGAUGAGCUUCGUCAAGGUAUGGGACUCACCGCAGCAGCUGAAGUCUUUAACACGCAUCUAAUCUCCACAGAAGAAUACAAAAACUCAGCAGCGUCAAUCCUCGAAAGCGAAAACUUAGUCGUCAGGAUCAGAGAAACCUACAUGCCAUGGCAGAAAGCUGCUCGAAUCGUGCUUGGAAAGGUUGUGUUCGAUCUAGACUUAGAGAUUCAGCCAGAAGAUGUGAUCUCCGUGGAGGAAACCAAACCAAAGGACGAUGAAACCGCUGCAGUAACAACUCCUUCUUCGUCUGGAAGAAGGUGGAGACUGUGGCCUAUUCCUUUUAGGAGGGUGAAAACAGUCGAGCACACGACGAGUAGUAACUCAUCUAGCGAAGAGGAUCUGUUUGUUGACUCUGAGCCUGGAUUGCAGAACUCACCGGAAGUGCUGUCGACCAAUGAGUCUCCACGUAGACAGCUUGUGAGAACUAAUGUUCCUACUAAUGAGCAGAUUGCGUCUUUGAAUCUGAAGGAUGGUCAGAAUAUGAUUACUUUUAGUUUCUCCACGAGAGUCCUUGGAACACAACAGGUUGAUGCACAUAUAUACAGGUGGAGAUGGGACACCAAGAUUGUAAUUUCAGAUGUUGAUGGAACUAUAACUAAAUCUGAUGUGUUAGGUCAGUUCAUGCCGUUGGUUGGAAGGGACUGGACACAAUCUGGUGUGGCCAAGCUUUUUUCAGCUAUAAAGGAGAAUGGAUACCAACUGCUGUUUCUGAGCGCUCGUGCCAUUGUUCAGGCAUAUCUAACAAGAAGUUUCUUAAAUAAUCUAAAGCAGGAUGGAAAAGCUCUGCCAAACGGUCCUGUAGUCAUUUCACCAGACGGGCUGUUUCCAGCAUUGUACCGUGAAGUGAUAAGAAGAGCACCUCACGAAUUCAAGAUCGCAUGUUUGGAGGAUAUCAAGAAACUUUUCCCAGAGCACUACAACCCUUUCUACGCUGGAUUUGGAAACAGAGAUACUGAUGAGCUGAGUUACAGCAAACUCGGAAUCCCCAAGGGAAAGAUAUUCAUAAUCAACCCAAAGGGAGAGGUAGCAACAGGACAUCGAGUAGAUGUCAAGAAGUCUUACACAUCACUUCAUACUCUUGUCAACGACAUGUUUCCUCCAACUUCGCUUGUUGAGCAGGAAGAUUAUAACCCAUGGAAUUUCUGGAAACUACCAAUAGAAGAGGUUGACUGAAGAUAUCAAUCAGAAAUGAGCUGUUGACGGGUCUAACAUGGCAGCUGCAGAAAGUCAAUGAUUGGACUUCUGGAACCUGUCCGAACUUUGUAAUGUCUCAUGUAGGAGUUGACACAAUAGGGAAAGAAUAAUGUAUAAGCUGUGACAAUGUUAUGUAAUACGAUCUUAUUUUUUAAAUAUUUUUCUGUUUUA